AUGAAUCCUUUAAUUCCCAUUAAUCAAGAAGGUCCCUAUGUAAAUUGUGAAAUUGCAGGACAAUCUGUUACUUGUCUUGUGGAUACUGGAGCUAGUAGAUCUGCUCUAAGAUCCUCGGAGUUUCCCUCUGUUCCUUUGUCAACUUUGGCUGUAAAUGCCGUUGGCAUUUCAAAUCAACCUGUUUCGCAUCCUGUCACAAAACCCCUUGCGGUUUCACUAGGGCCCCUUGCUAACAAGCAUGCAUUCUUGCUCAGCCCCUCCUCUCCUGUGAAUCUGCUGGGAAGGGAUCUUUUGUGUAAAUUAGGCUGUACUAUCUAUUGCACACCAGAUGGCGUAUUCUUACAAGUUCCUGAUGAGAAUACUAAUCUAGUGUUGGCUACACUCCACAUAGAGGAGCCAGCUAAAUUACCAACAACUCUUAGCCCUGACCUUGUGCAUUUGUUAUCACAAGUUCCCCCCCAUCUCUGGUCCCGGCAUGCAGAUGAAGUGGGACAGAUCCGGACUGCUGAACCGGUUAAGAUUUUUGUUGAUCCUUCUAAAGCUUUGCCAAGGGUUCCACAAUACCCUCUGCGUCCUGAGGCAGAGGAAGGUAUAGCCCCAGUAAUGGAGUCUUUAUUACAGCAGGGUAUUAUUGUUGCCACCACCAGUUCUUGUAAUACUCCUAUCUUUCCUGUAAAGAAGCCAGGAAAGAACACCUAUCGGUUUGUUCAAGAUCUCCGCGCGAUUAAUGCUGUUGUUUUGCCUUCAUUUCCUGUGGUUCCAAAUCCAGCUACAAUUCUUUCUUGUAUUCCACCUUCAGCCACCCACUUUACUGUUGUGGACCUUUGUUCAGCUUUCUUUUCUAUCCCCAUUCACCCUGAUAGUCAGUAUCUGUUUGCCUUUACCUAUAAAGGACGCCAGUACACCUGGACUCGGUUACCGCAAGAGUAUACUGAGUCCCCAUCCUUGUUUUCCCAGAUCCUGAAGAAGGAUCUGGAUGAUGUGGUUUUUCCAGGUAAAUCAGUGCUUAUGCAGUAUGUGGAUGAUCUUUUGCUGGCAUCCCUUUCUUUUGAAUCUUGUAAAGUUGAUACUUUGAUUCUUUUGACUGCUUUAGCUGCUAAGGGUCAUAAGGCAUCCCAGGAAAAACUACAGCCGUGUCAGCCCAGGGUUCAUUACCUUGGUCAUGAUAUUUCCCCUGGUACUCGUCAUUUUUCAGAUUCUCGUAUUUCAGCUAUUCUAAAUAUGCCUAGGCCUGGUACUAUUUCUCAAAUGCGUACUUUUCUUGGCAUGACUGGGUACUGUAGACAGUGGAUUUUAGGCUAUGCAACAAUGAUUAAACCCUUACAGGAUCUGACUAAGUCAGGUACUCCUGAGCCUCUUCCUUGGUCUCCGGAGGCUGAACGAGCUUUUGUUGCUAUUAAGCAAAGCCUGUCCAGUGCACCAGCCCUGGGACUUCCUGAUUAUGCUAAACCAUUUACUCUUUUCUGUCAUGAGCGUAAUGGGUUUGCUUUGGCUGUAUUAACGCAAAAGCACGGAGAUAAACACCGUCCCAUUGCUUAUUACAGUACUGCCCUAGACGCUGUGGCAGCUGGAUUUCCCCCUUGCCUGCGUGCUGUGGCUGCAGCGGCCCUUUCUGUUCAAGUAUCCAAAUCUAUUGUCUUAGGAUCUCCUUUGAUUGUUGCUGUUCCUCAUGCUGUGGCUGCACUCUUGUUAAAAUCUAAGACACAGCAUUUAUCCACUUCUUGUCUCACAAAAUAUGAGCUUGUCUUGUUGUCUUCAUCUCAUAUUACUUUGGCUCGUUGCCCCGUUCUAAAUCCUGCCUCCUUGUUGCCUGGGCCAAAGGACGGAGAACCACAUGACUGUGUGUCUGUGACAUCGGUUCUCUCCCGUCCGAGAGAUGAUUUGCUAGAUGUGCCUUUGCAAAAUCCUGAUCUUAUUUACUUUGUGGAUGGUUCGUGCCUGCGAGAUUCUAAGGGUAAAUUGGUUGCUGGUUAUGCUGUGUGCUCUGCACACGCUGUUAUUGAAAGUGCUUUUCUUCCUUCUGUGUUUUCUUCUCAAGUAGCCAAACUUGUGGCUUUAACUCGAGCCUGCAUUCUAGCUCAGAAUCAAGCAGUUACAAUUUAUACAGACUCUCGUUAUGCUUUUGGAGUGGUACAUGAUUAUGGUUUGCUCUGGAAAUAUAGAGGUUUCCUUACAUCCACUGGUUCUCCUAUUAAGAAUAGUCUGUAUGUAUCUGCUCUUUUGGAUGCCCUUUUGUUGCCCAAAGCUAUAGCUGUCGUUAAAUGUAUAGCUCACCAGACCCCUCAUGAUGAAGUUACCCGUGGAAAUGCUUUGGCAGACUCUGCAGCCAAAGCAGCGGCCCUUUCUGCACCUCAGGCUGAAUAUACCUGUGCUUUGAUUGAACAGCCUCCACUAGCCUCCCUUGAGGAUCUGGCCAAGAUCCAGGAAGCAGCACCUGCAGCUGAGAAACGUUUUUGGAGUGCUGAUGGCUGUAUUCUACACCCUGACCAUCUUUGGCGUGCCCCAGCUGGUCGCCUGGUUGCACCGAAGAUGCUAAUGCCCUAUCUUGCUCGUGUAUACCACGGAAUGGCACACGUGAGCAAAGGGGGGAUGGUUGCUGCAGUUAACCGAGAUUGGUGUGCAUUCGGGUUCCCAGUCAUUGCACAUCACUACUGUCAACAAUGUGUGAUUUGUCAGCAGCAUAACAUUGGUAAAGCUGUUAAAGUUAGGCAGGCAGCUCCCCCUCCCCCUUGGGGACCUUUUGUAAAUGUUCAGAUUGAUUUUAUUCAACUGUCUAAAUGUUGUGGUUAUGAAUAUGUAUUGGUUUUAGUGGAUGUAUUUUCAAAUUGGGUUGAAGCUUUUCCCUGCAGGAAAGCAGAUGCCAGGACUGUUGUGAAACUUCUGCUUAAAGAUUUUGUACCACGAUUUGGCAUCCCUGUGAGUAUUAACAGUGACCGUGGAACUCAUUUUAUUGGACAGAUUGUAAAAGAGUUAUGUGCAGCUUUGCAGAUCCAACACAACCUUCACUGCCCUCACCAUCCGCAGUCUGCCGGGGCAGUGGAACGCCAGAAUGGAAUUCUGAAAAAUAAACUGGCCAAGAUUUGUGCUGAAACAAACUUGAAGUGGCCAGAUGCCCUUCCUCUGGCACUAAUGAGUAUGAGGGCCACUCCCAAUCGAAAGACUGGACUCAGCGCUCAUGAGAUUUUGACAGGGCGCCCAAUGCGACUACCAACUGCGCCCCCACUGACCCUAGCUCAGAUGGACAUUCAUUUAAUGGAUGACACAAUGCUUAAGUAUUGUCAGGCACUAAUGAAAUGUGUUAAGUCUUUUUAUACACAGAUUGACAAGAUUGAGAGUAAAGUAAUUGUCUUAAAAAGGAAUGGUCCAGUCCAUAGUGAAGGACACUGGAAGUCUGAACUUCUGGGUUUUGUUCCCAGUUCUGCCAAUGAUGCAUUAUGUAACUCUGGCUAA